AUGUGUGACAAUGUAUCCGUCAUCCUCGUCCAUGGAUUUAGUUGUGCGUAUUUCGCUUCAAAAUUCAUUAACCAAGCCAUAAUUAAUGCCCCGAACAAAAUCUUGGACGAGAUGGUGGUGUUGGCCUUCCUUCUCGCAGCGAUUUGUUUCUGCUGGUUCUGCAUAAGAGCCCGCACUACACAGACACAGCAACUGCCGCAAUGGGAACAAGCAGGAACAAUUAUCCUAAUUGCUGCAUCAACAAUUGGAUUCGUCUAUUUCCAGUUUUAUUUCGAAAAAUGGCCACGCACAGUGUAUAUGGCAAUAUUUACCCUGACCGCCAGAGAGUUUGCAUCUCUUUGUUUCCGCUCUCCGACAAUAUUUCCUGUGCUUUGCCUCACAUACGGCAUGCUUGCCAUGAUCCCUGUUGUCCAUGCGAGUCUCUGGCCAUCUGCUUGCCGACUGCCGAUGAGAGCUCAUUUUAUGUCCUAUUUGGGACUGACUGCAACUGGUGGAUUAUUUCAUAAGUUACGAAUCCUCGAAAGGCUUACUAGACUUGGAAGCGCUUGUACCGGGAAAUUUCUCCUGCAUGCUCAUUUUAUCAUCGCUGUCAUACUAUUGUGGCAGGGGAUAUCGGCUGCAUAUGUAUCUGAUGCUAUUCCAAGUGUCGAUCAGUGCAGAGAGUGGAAGUGGUGA